AGGCUUAAAACGCACGUUUGUUAAAUUCCAUAUAAAAAAAAUUUUGACAAUCGUGCGGCUGGUCUCUAGUGUGCUAGUACCUUGUUUAGUAUACCGUGGACAUAAUAACAUACAAAAAUCUUAUUGUUUUUGUAAAACCGCCAACACCUACGAUUGAAUUGGAUUAUAAAGAAAACUAAAUAAAAUGCUUACAAUAAAUAUAUCAUGUACAGUAUGUAAGGAAAAGUUCAAAAAUUCCGACGCAAUUUACAGUACCAGUUGUGGCCAUAUAUUCCACUUUUUUUGCCUGAAUCAAUGGCGUUCCAAAUCUACCAGUUGCCCUUUAUGUAGAACCUAUAAUCCCACUACUCAUUGUAUUUAUUUAAACUUUGAAGACACUAGUGAGUACGAAAAAACCGUAAACGACUUGAGAGAUAAGCUCCAGAAUACCAAUGAUAAAAUGAAAAAAAUCAAAGAGGAAGUUGCAAAAAAAGAACAGAAAAUAGAUGAUCUUCAACGAUUGUAUAAUAUUUCUGAACAGUGGAGGGCAGAACUUGAAACAAAAAUAUAUAAAUUAACGCACGAAUCACAAGUCAAAAAUGUACAACAUACCAAAGAGUUGAAUUUAAAAUUAAACGAAAUACAAUAUUUGAAAACACACCUUGAAACAAAGCAAAAAGCAGAAGGUAUUCACGAGUUAUGUGAAAAGAUCGAGAAAUUAAAAGAGGAAAAUACAAAACUUAAAGGAAACUUCAACAAGGAUGAAGAUUCAAAAAUUAUUUUAAAUCAUAAAAUAGAAAUACUAGAACAAAGAUUAAAUCAUGUUACUUUAGAGCUUCAAAAGCAAAUUGCGGAAAAUGUCAACCGAUCUAUGGACAAAGAAAUAGCACAACCUAAUGAGACAAAAACUAUUCACAAGAAUAACCAGCAGCAAAAAAAUAAUCGGAAGAGAGGGGAUUCCAGAAAAAUAUUAAGCGAACAGCUGCAAAAAAAUCAAUCUAAAAUCCAUAAAGAAGGGCAAAUAAAAGAAAUGUGUAAUAAGCAAAAUAUCAUAAAACCAAUUGUAAAUCGUCAAUUCGAACUGACCCAACCCAAUGAUACCAAAGUUAUAAUUAAAGAUUUUCCCUCAGAAGAAAUUGUAUAUCCACUAAAAAAUAUUGUAAUUUCUUUAGCUUCUAAAAUGUCUAUAAAGCUUAGUAAUGAAGAUAUUACACAUGUUAGUAUUUUGGAACAAAAGGGCCUAGACAAAAUUAUUUCAAAUAAAGUCGCACUAAUAGUGGACUUUAAGACAAUUAAUGGAAAAAUACAAUUUCUUAUAAACAAAAAACGAUUGAAUUUCAAUUCAUCAACUAAAUGUAUAAAAUUAAAGGAAUACAUCAAUGAAGCUGUUUAUCCCAUUUUUAUGUAUGCGAAUCGAGUUCUAAGAGAAAAUGGAUUUGAAUUUGUUGAAUGUAAACACAAUCAAGUUAUUGCCAAAAAGAAUCGUCACGAUACUGUAGAGAUACCUAUAUUGGAUAAAAAUCAUGUGGAUAGAAUUGUGGGACGUCAAAUACUUGAAAGCCGAUGUUCAAGUGCUAUAGUUGAGAAUUAUCCAUGUUAUGAUAUGUACGACUAUUUAGAUUACAUUUAAGCAAAACAAAAAUAUUUACUUAUUAUUCACAUAUGUACAUACUUAUGUAUAUUAUUUUUAUGUAAUAAAUAAAUAAAUAAGAAUAACAGCCGGUC